AUGGACCCCAAGUUCAAUGGUGAGUGGAGUGCCUCCGAGAUCAGGAUGGCAAAAUCACUCAUUGCUAGUCACAAUGCCAGCAACAACUCUGCUAAUGACAUGAACAAGAAACACAAUAAUAUUGUGAAUCAACUCCAGGCAUGGUUUCCCUCGAAGGAGAGGCAUCAGGUAGUUAAAUUAUAUGUUGAGCUUGUGGUGGAGAUGAUGAGGCAGCCGGGACAGAGUGGAAACCAAUCUAUGGUGGCAAACAACCUCGUGAACCACAACUAUGGAAUUCCGGUGGAGGAUCCAACCAUGAACAACAUGAAUAUGCCGCUUGCCUCACUAACAGGUAAGAAAUCAGAGGCCACGAGGGUGGUGGAGGAAGCGCCUCAGAGGCAGUUCCUCUGUGGUUUGUGUGUGUAUGGGCGUGGUGAUUGGAAAAACAUCUCCAGGCACUUCGUCACCACUAGGACACCGGUGCAGGUCUCCAGCCAUGCACAAAAGUACUUUCGUAGGCUGGAGCGUACCAACGAGAAACAACGUCACAGUAUUAAUGAUAUUGGCCUUUAUGAUGAACCUCGGGCCCUGAACAACAACUCUUCCGGCUGGAAGCCACUCACCUUUUCUGGUGUGAAUAAUCCAAAUGGCUAUGGAUCCAUCAGCAGCAAGCUUCCCACCAUGAACAACCUUGGACACACUUGGUCAUCACCCUUCCUGUAUAGUGACGGCCAGGCAAGCAGCAGCCAGGCAACUACUUGGACCGGCCAACAGCUGGGGGCUAGUUCUUCUACAGCUCUAGCACCAGAGGGGGCUGGAAAUCAGAUGGCCUGGACUGGUGAUCAGCAGGGAUAUUUUUAUUCCUGA